CGCUCGGAGCCCGGUCUGGUGCGGGCAAUGGCCCCGCUGCUGGGCGUCGCGCUGCUGUGCUGCCUGCCCCUCGCGGCGGCCGGGGAGCUGGACGGGAGGUGGCGUAGGCAAAUAAUUUCCUCAACAGGAUUGUGUCGGUUUGGAAGUAGGAUUGACUGUUGCUGGGGCUGGGCCCGUCAGUCGUGGGGGCAGUGCCAACCUUUCUACGUCUUAAGGCAGAGAAUAGCCAGGCUGAGGUGCCAGCUCAAAGCCAUAUGUCAGCCUAGAUGCAAACACGGUGAAUGUGUUGGACCAAACAAAUGCAAGUGUCAUCCAGGAUACACUGGAAAAACCUGCAACCAAGAUCUUAAUGAGUGUGGACUAAAGCCUCGGCCGUGCAAACACCGAUGCAUGAACACCUAUGGCAGCUACAAGUGCUAUUGUCUGAAUGGAUACAUGCUCAUGCCGGAUGGAACGUGUUCUAAUGCCCUUUCUUGUUCUAUGGCCAACUGUCAGUAUGGCUGUGAUGUAGUGAAAGGAGAGGUCCGCUGCCGGUGUCCUUCUCCAGGGUUGCAGCUAGGGCCUGAUGGCAGGACCUGUGUAGAUGUUGAUGAAUGUGCUACUGGGAGAGUUGUCUGUCCCAGAUUUAGGAAAUGUGUUAACACUUUUGGGAGCUACAUUUGCAAGUGCCAUAAAGGCUUCGAUUUAAUGUAUAUCGGAGGCAAAUAUCAAUGCCAUGACAUAGAUGAAUGCUCAAUUGGCCAAUAUCAGUGUGGUGGUUUUUCCCGUUGUUACAAUACGCAGGGAUCCUACAAGUGUAAAUGUAAAGAAGGCUACAGAGGUGAUGGAACAAACUGCAUACUUAUUCCUAAAGUUAUGAUUGAACCAUCAAGUCCAUAUAACAUAUUCAAAGGCAACAGUACACGUCUUAAAGGCAGCAGUGGUAUGACCAAUAGGGUGCCUGAUAAUGGAGGCACAAGACAGCCAUUUAGACCACCGCAUAUACCUGCUGGUAUUACAGCAAGGCCUGCACCCAAGCCGACAGUAAGACCUACGCCCAAGCCAACUACGCGGCCUGCACCCAAACCAACUACCAGGUUUGCACCAAAGCAGAUUACAACAAGACCAGUACUGAAACCAGUAACAAGGCCUCCACCUCCACCACCGACAACAUCAUUGAGUACACCACCACCGGAAAGAACCCCAAGGUUAACAACGAAAGACCCUUCCCUUGUGCUUGCGGAAGCUACCUCUCCCCCUGGAAUUACAGUUGACAACAGGAUACAAAUAGAUCCGCAGAAACCAAGAGGGGAUGUUUUUAUUCCACGCCAGCCAGGAGUGAGCAAUAAUCUAUUUGAAAUAUUUGAAAUUGAAAAAGGGAUUAGUGCAGAUGAGUAUGAAGCAAAUGACGAUCCAGGUAUCCUGGUGCACAGCUGUAACUUUGAUAUUGGUCUCUGUGGCUGGAUCAAGGAUAAAGAUGAUGAUUUACAUUGGGAACCAGUUGCCGAUCCAUCAGGUGGACGGUAUCUUAUAGUCUCUGAAUCCAAGGGCAAAGAGGGAAGAGUAGCACGUCUGGUCCUGUCUCUUGGCCAGUUGGCUCAUUCAGGGGACUUGUGUCUGUCCUUUAGACACAAAGUAUCUGGGCUACAUCCUGGUACACUCCAACUAUUUGUAAGAAAAAAUGGUACUCACGGACCAGCAGUCUGGGGAAGAAAUGGUGGCCAUGGUUGGAGACAAACACACUUAACUUUACAAGGCUCAGGCAUCAAGAGCGUUAUUUUCAAAGGUGAAAAAGGAAAAGGGAGAACUGGCGACAUUGGACUGGAUGAUGUGAGCUUAAAGAAAGGCCACUGCUCUGAAAGACAUUAGCAAUGCAAGUAGACUGGCAAAGAACAUCUGUUAAUCUCCCCUUUCCCCUUAAUCCUACUCCCAUCAAGUGUGUAACCCCCCUCCCCCAAUCCUUUGGGCAAAAAGGAGAAAUAUUUAAAGAGUGA